GACCGAGUUGUCGUUUGCGGCCAUUUUCAGAACAUAGAACACGUUGAUCAACAUGCAGAUCCUCGGUAUCAGCUCCCUUGCGGCGGUGUUCCUCGCAUCGUCUAUUGAAGCCUCAUUGGACAUAGUUUCGGGGGCUACAUGGACGGCGGCUGGAACGGAUCAGCAUAUUCAAGCCCAUGGCGGAGGGAUCAUCGAGGUUGACGGGACUUACUACUGGGUCGGAGAAAACAAGCUCGACGGAACAUAUUUCCAGUCGAUCAACUGUUAUUCAAGCAAGGACCUGAUCCAAUGGGAGUUUGUGAACGAGCUUCUCUCCGUUCAGGAAUCGGGCGAUCUCGGACCGGAACGUAUCGUCGAAAGACCAAAGGUCAUCUACAAUGAUGAAACCGACCAAUAUGUCAUGUGGAUGCACAUCGACUCCAGCAAUUACGGUGACGCAAGGGCCGGAGUUGCAACCGGCUCUAGCGUUUGCGGUGAUUAUACUUACCUGCAUGUUUGAUCCGUCGGUGUACCUCUAAGAUGGGACUAACAUGCUACAGUAACUCCACGCGACCUCUCGGAUAUGUUUCUAGGGAUUUGGGUCUCUUCAAAGGUUAA